GUGGAGUAGUUCUCAAUCCAGCUUACUAUGGGAUGCCAGGCCAUACAAAUACUAUGAUCCAUGAAAUAGGACACGUCUUGGGACUCUAUCAUGUCUUUAAGGGUGUGGAUGAAAGAGACUCCUGUGAUGAUCCCUGCAGGGAGACAACACCAUCCAUGGAAACUGGAGAUCUCUGUGCUGACACUGCACCUACACUCAAAAGCAAAGUCUGUCGGGACCCAGAUCCAAUCAAUGACACCUGUGGCCAUACUCCUUUCUCUGGAACUCCCUUCAACAAUUAUAUGAGCUAUACAGAUGACAAUUGCACGGACAGUUUUACUCCAAACCAAGUGGCACGAAUGCAUUGCUAUCUGGAUCUGGUAUACCAGCAGUGGACUCAGAGCAGAAAACCCACUCCUGUCCCUGUGCCACCUGUGGUCGUUGGUCAGAGCCAGGAUACACUCACCAUACACUGGCUGCCUCCCAUUAGUGGAAUGCUUUAUGAAAGAGAGUCAGGGAACCUCUGCGGAAAUUGUGCUGAAGAUGGAACUUUCAGCCAGUAUGUACAUGAGGCCUCUUCUCCUCUAAUCUGUGAUUCUUCUGGUUAUUGGACUCCAAAGGAGGCAGUAGGACCUCCAGAUGUAACUCAACCCUGUGAAACCAGCUUGCAGGCCUGGAGCCCUGAAUUUAAUCUGUUUAAUGUGAGCAUGACCACUCCUUGCCUUAAGCCCCUUGGUUGCAUUUUGGAGCUCUACUUCCUAUAUCCUGUGUAUUCUGACUCUUUAUUGAUAUGGGCUACAAAUUUCUCCACCAAUUCCAAAGUUCUGUCCGAUGUUGAGAUCCUGACGGAGCAUGGGGAUUCUGUACACCUUGGACCAAUGGAUACAUUCUGUGACAUUCCCCUCACGGUGAAACUGAACCUUACCAAGAAAGUGUCUGGCAUAAAGAUUUACACGUUUGAUGAGAAGAUGGAGAUAGAUGCUGCACAAUUGAUCUCCACACCACACAGUCCACUUUGUUCAAACUGCAAACCUGUGAGGUACAGGGUUCUGCGGGACCCCCCAUUCCAUGAUGGAUCCCCAGCGAUGGUGAUGCAGCCAGGAAGAAAGUUUAUUGACAAGGAAGUCACAAUUGGCCAACGAUACCAGUACCAAGUGCAGGCUGUAGCAGGAGCUGCUAUAAGUGAAGCCUCCCCACCUCUGUUCCACAUCCAUGGCUCUUCCUAUUGUGGGGACGGGCAAGUAAGCAGGAGUCUUGUAGAGGAAUGCGAUGAUGGAAACCUGUUAGAUGGGGAUGGUUGCUCUAGAAACUGUAAAAAAGAAAGAGGAUUCCACUGUGUUGGUGAACCAAGCCUGUGCUACAUCCAUGAAGGUGAUGGCAUCUGUGAGCCAUUUGAGGAAAGCAGCAGCAUUGUGGAUUGUGGUCUCUUCACCCCUGAAGAGUAUGUGGAUCAGUGGGCAUCAGAUGCCUAUGCAUCCCACCAAGAUGAGAAAACGUGCCCAGUCUCCAUGGUGAUUGGAGAACCUCUUGUGAAGGUUUGCAGGCCUCAUCAUCAAGAGACACUGGACAAUGAAUCACAGCUGGCUUGGUUUCCUUGUAUGAAGCAUGAAGUUCUUCAGGAUACAGAGAGGGAGAAAAUACAUUUGAAUGACAGAAUUUGGCUGAAAGUGUGUUUCAACCGACCCAGUAUGGCUACUUCACUCUUUGUUUUCUUGGCAUCUGUGGGCAUUUCCAGUGGUGACCAUCUCAAGCCAUCUAUGACAAUACACUUAGGUGACAUAAGUGGGCACAACUAUUUCCUUGCUACAUCAGAGCUGUCAUGUCAGCAGAAUCCACUGGUCAUCAACAUGACUGGAAAAAUUGCCUCCCACCAAAUCACCUAUGCCUUGUUCAAUUUCUCCUCUCUCUCUGUGGGCAUCUCUGCAGUGGCUUUGCGAACUCAUUUGCCAUCUGAUUCUUCCAGCCCAAGUAAUUGUCUCCCAGAGCAUGAAGGUCGUGGUUGCCAGAGACACAGCUGCACCCAACAUACCUGUAGAGAGCAGGGAAGCUGCGUGCUUCCACAGAUCCAUCAUGCUACCCUUGCAAACUGUACUUCCAGUAGCCGGGGGCACAUGGAGUGUGUUAUUUCUUGUGAAAGGGGUUUUGUUCUCCAUGUUAAACAUGGACAUUUGCUGCGCCCAAGACAGAAAGAGAUCUUGCUGACUUGUAGCUCUGGGCACUGGGACAGAUCAGUGACAUGUAACCCUAUUGACUGCCAAUUUCCAGACCAAUCUCACGUCCUUUAUGCAGAGUUCUCCUGCCCUAAAGGCACCACGUUCCUGAAGCGAUGCUUCCUUUCCUGUAUCAAGCCAGCAAAACUCCAAGGGGUUAAUCAGUGGAUCACCUGCCUGGAGGAUGGACUCUGGUCACUUCCAGAAGCUUACUGCAAACUGGAGUGCGACCCUCCAGGCCCAGUUGCCAAUGCUGAGCUUUUGCUACCUCGAUGCAAGCAAGGGAAUCAUGAUGUGGGAUCUGUCUGUCGCUACAAGUGUAAGCCUGGAUACCAUGUAGCAGAAACAAAAGAUGAAAAGCCCAGGAAAACGUUUCUGAAUAUCCACUGCCUUGAAACUGGCUUCUGGGAGGAAGGGAGCUGUGUUCCUGUGGUUUGUAAACCACCCCCACCAGUCUUUGAAGGGAUGUAUAACUGCACCAAUGGCUUUGAGCUUGAUAGUCAGUGUGUGCUCAGCUGUGGUCCAAAGAGUAAGACGCUUCCAAUCCUUUGCACUAAAGAUGGCUUGUGGACCAAGGAAUUUAACUUAUGUGAAGAACUGCAAGGAGAGUGUGCACCACCGCAGGAACUUAAUUCAGUGGAAUACAAUUGUGAGCAAGGUUAUGGAAUUGGGGCUGCAUGCAUACCUUCCUGUCUGUUUCUUCCAAGGGAUCCUGUGACAUUGCCUGAAAAUGUCACUGCUGAUACCAUGGACCAUAAAUUAAAGCCUACCAAAGUCCAGAGUAUCGUGUGUACUGGAAGACUGGAAUGGUAUCCCGAUCCAAAAGCUAUUCAUUGUAUUACUUCUUGUGAGCCUUUCCAUGCCGAUGGGUGGUGUGACACCAUCAACAACCGAGCCUAUUGUCAGUAUGAUGGUGGUGACUGUUGUUCCUCCACAGUCUCCUCAAAGAAGGUUGUUCUGUUUCCUAAUGGCUGUGAUCAGGACGAGUGCACCUGCCGGGAUCCAGCAGCAGAAGAGAAUCAGUAGCAGCAGCAGCAGCAGCAGCCAGGACACGUUGUGCUGCCAAGGCUCAAAAUGGAGGGAAUGAUGAAGGCUUGAAGGAGAGCAUAAAUAAGAGAACUGCAAAGGCUGAGGAAAAGGAUUCAGGGGAAGUCUGGUCAUAAAGGCCCUGCACUUGAUGUGUAAGUGCACAAAGGAGAAAGGAAAUUAUGAAGAAAGGAGAGGAGAGCGAGCAAGAAAAUGAACACUUUUACCACCUUUGGUCAACUUCUUUUCCAUCAGAACUGAAACACAAGAUAGCCUUGUCAACUCUGCUGGCAAACUAAACUGGAUCUAAAUGGAGCCUUGAAGCUUCCUUCCUUGCAUUGCCGCGUCAGUGGUUUGCCACUUAAACUGUGUCUUUUGCUCUGACGUUCAUCGGUAUGCUCCCCUCUAGAGCUUGAUUUAGCAAAGCGGGGAGGGAAAUGUGAUCUGUCUGCAAAUAUUUAAACAUAAUUUUAUUACAAAUCUAUAUAAUAUUUUAUUUGCUAUUUAGUAAGCUAAAACAUG